CUUUGACCUUUUUUCCACUCUUCAUUUCACUACACCCUACAGUACGUAAUGUAGCCAAAAAAUAACUACGUACCAUUCACUACAUACAAGAAAAAGGAAGCAUGGUCGUCCUCGUCAUUCUCCAAGACCCAUAAACAUCAAGAAAAACAAAAAAUGGUCCUGAUUCCUCAAGAUUGUGUCGAAAAUUGGUCAAGGCGACGACUUGUCCCCAACUGUCCGGACGAGACCCAUGCUGGGUUAAGCACCGCUUUCGUUAUCAAAUCCGGUCUAAGCAAAGGAGCGAGAGCCUUCCAAUAUGCGUCACGAGGAGCUUUUACGGAUAGGCAACUGGGAAGGGUAUGAUGUUUUGUGUAACUACCUUACUCUGGAGUUUGGUUUUUCUUUCUUGUUGUAGGAGUUUGAAUUUCUGAGUUGAGAUUAUACUGCAGAUGAAAUAAUUCUAGUUGUUAACUUCUUACACAACCACCUCCGAAUUCAAAUCCGACCAGGAAGAAACCGACGCGAGUUCUUCCUCUGCUUACGCUUCCGGCCUCGACGCAGACCAGACUCAGUACCUUCAGAACAAACUGGUGCGUGGGUCUAGGAAAGGAUUGCGGAAAAAGAUUAGAGGGGAGUUCGGCACGAUCGAUGGAAUCGCACACAAGAAGCUGUUUCCACGAGCUCCUGCACGUCAGGGCACUGGCGACGUCCUAUCCUUACGGCUGGGCCCCUAAAUAAUCUUCCAUCUUCAAUAGACAUUUACUAUAUUAUUAUUAUUUGUACGUCUUGGGGGAGUAAGUUUCUUGAAUUCUAAGGCCAAUGAGAAUUAUAAUGGGAGAUCAUUAUAAGGUGAGCUCUAAGGUUCUAUGGUACCAAUUGGGUGAAGAUCAAUCAAAAUGCAGAUCAAAAACCCAAUUACAAACUUGGAGGAGAAGUGCCACCUUGGGUGCAUGUGCGACUAGCGAAAGCACGAGCAGCGAAAAAUAAUAGUAGUGGUGCAUCUUCUGCUUCAAGUUCUUGUAGUGGCUCUUCCUCAGCCUUAUUGGGAGGACAGCCUUAUUGGGAGAGUAAGGACGCAGGCCGACGAAGACAAAGGGAGAGGGUGAAGAAUCUCCAUAGCGAUCCGGAACGGUAUGGAUUGGUGCCGACUGAUCCAGAGAGGGCUUCCGCGUUUCAGCCACCGCCAAGAAAACAUGGAGGACCAGCAUUCGCCAGCCAUUUUCAAUCUAGCAGCAUGAAAUUAGCCGGGACCGAUGAAAAUGCUGAAUUCAAUGCAAGUCGUGCGCACGCGAAGUUCGCUGCCAGAGAUAAGCAUCCGCUGAAUAGUAGGAGGGUACUGACAUUAAGUUACGAAGAUGUCUUUCAUUGAACAGUAGUAAUUUGUUCGUAGCCUAGUUCUUGUACUAUAGUUAAAUUUUUGUCCACUUAGUAUGAAGCUGCGAUAAUUUAGAGCAAAUGUCGUACUUCUGAGACUUUUGAAACUACAAGAACCCAUAUUUCUUCAUACAUUUACAUUUAUCAACAACGCAUCCUACAACACCAGAUAUACGAUUCUCUCCGCGAAGUCUCUUCGUUAGAGCCUCAAGAAAAACUGCGAGUGAUGCGAGCGAUACGGGAUGAAGAGCUUUGGGCUAGUUCGGAAUUGCAGCCAAGACGACAAAAAGAGCAUCGCCGACAAAGAGAGGCAGGGAAUGUUAUGAAUUCCCUAAAUUUAUUUCCUAAAGUACGAGGAUGAAUGUGCUGCAAAUCUUGAUUGGCUUUUGCCCGUAAAACGGCGAAGGUUUAGGUCCAGCGACGCUCAAAGCACUAAAAAAACAACCGGUUAGUUUUUACCUCUAAAACUUAGGCUUAUCGUCCCAUGCAGCAAUAUAUACACUUGUGCACGUCGACUUCUUCAGCAGCCAAGUAGGAUUGCAAUUGCAAUAGGAGCAUUAGUAUGACGUGAUUUUUCAUAACUUACACUUCAUCUACAGUCAACGUCUACAUCAUAACUAGUACUACGUACCAGGAACAAGUAACCUCUUCUAACACCCGUCCGCCCACAACGAGACCUCCAAGACGACAGUCGCUCCAGGGUACUGGGUGGAUCCGAGAUUCGCCUAAGAGGCGUAGUUCCAUUCAGCAACCUAGCUUCUGUGCGGGAGAGAAUAUAGAUGCGAGAAUGGAAGCCAUCGAAAACCAACCAACUGUGCCAAGAAGGCUGCACAGAAAAUCGGAUUUUUAUCAUGGAGUAGGAUAGAAUUUUCCUAGAAGCUUGAGUUUUCAGCUCACGAACACGUUUGACUAUUGUUAAUUUGAUGACGAUCCAAUAAACCAAACUUAUACACAUUUAUCUUGUUCAAAUUCAUUCCACUUAAUUUCCACGUUAUUUAUCAUGACGUUUUCAAACCAUACUCAUAUUAGAGGGUAGUUCGAUCAGUAAGGGAGAAAGAUUCAAAUUCAAUACUACCCAUGCAUUAUACGUUGUAUUAUAACACAUUUAUGUAUUUGAAACUACUUGGAUUUAUAGGCGUAUGCAGUUCUGCAUAGUACGUCAGAACAAUCCUGUAGCAAAAUUGUGAUUGCAUCAUAUGUUGGUGAAGAAAUGGAAAGGCUCGCAAGGAUCAUGAAGUGUGAGGAAAAUAACCUCAUAAAAAUGUGGGGAAGCAUGC